CGGGGGAGGAGCGGGGCCGAGGCGACGGCGGAGCGGUCCCACCCGCGGCACAGCGGCUGCCGGGCGCGGGGGCGGCGGGAGGCGCCUGCGGGGCCGGGCGCUGCAGCCGCCUCCUCCCGCUCCGGCUGCAGCACGCUCGGGAGCUGCUGCCGCUGAAGCCGCCAGCGCCGCCCCCCCGCGGACCGGACCGGACCGCGCCGCCCCGCAGAUUUUCUCUCUGAAGUUUUCUUCAAUUGUGCCAGCAAAGAACUUUAUUGAUUACAAGAAUUAUCGGAAACAUAAAGAAAAUGAUUGUCUUUCUAUGGUUUAGCCUCUGACGUCACCAAGGCUGAAACAACCAAAGGAAUUUCUAUCAGCCAACACACCUAUAGGGUUCAUAUUCUAUGGGCAGGCAUUUGACCAUUCUCAGGGAAUGAGCCCUACAAUGUGUGGAGCAUAUUAUAUUUCAUUCCAUUGCUGCUGUUUACAUCUGAGUGCAUUUUCAAAACAACCCAAGGAAGGUGUUUUCAACAGCUAGGAAAGGAAAGUGUAAGUAAAAGACUGGUACAAUGGAUGAAGCUGUAGAAGUGUCAACUGAUGGGAACUCCUUGAUAAAAGCUGUCUAUCAAAGCAGACUUCGCCUCACAAGACUACUGUUAGAAGGUGGAGCCUACAUUAAUGAGAGUAAUGACAGAGGUGAAACCCCUUUGAUGAUUGCUUGUAAAACUAAGCAUGUGGACCAUCAGAGUGUCAGCAAAGCAAAAAUGGUUAAAUAUCUACUGGAAAAUAAGGCAGAUCCAAAUAUACAGGACAAAUCUGGAAAGACAGCUUUGAUGCAUGCUUGUUUGGAAAAAGCUGGCCCUGAAGUGGUUUCUUUGUUGCUGAAAAGUGGAGCUGACCCAAGUCUACAAGAUCAUUCUAAUUACUCUGCACUUGUAUAUGCAGUAAACUCUGAAGAUAAGGAGACCUUGAAAGUUCUCUUAAAUGCUUGCAAAGCAAGAGGAAAAGAAGUAAUCAUUAUUACAACAGACAAGUCUCCAUCUGGAAGACAAACCACUAAACAGUACUUGAAUGUGCCUCCAGCUGACAUUGAGGAAUGUCAUUCUCCAAAUGCCUGCACUUCUCCCUCAGAAAUAGAACUUAAAACAUCUCCAUCUCCACUUCUGAGUUCAUGUGAAACAGAAAAAGCUCUCUUUAGUUUUAAGGAGCUGGAUCACCCAAGAAACAAACAAGAUAUAUCCAACUCAGUUUCUCCCACUAAAAAAACUAAUUUAACACAUGGAGGAUCCAAGUUAUCACCAGUGCAACGUCUGCAGUCUGAGCCUUGGAUAAAGAGUUCUCCUUCCUUGUUCCAUCAGAAUAAAAUUUCCUCUUUACAAGAAGAACUUCAGGAUAUAACUCCAGAGGAAGAACUGUCUUUUAAAAUCAAUAGUCUGGCUUUAUCCAAGAGAUAUAUCACCAGGCACCAAAGUAUUGAUGUAAAAGAUACUGCUCAUCUGUUGAAAUCCUUUGAUCAAACUGGUUCAAGAAAGUUAUCAUAUGAUGAGAUAAAUUCUCAGUCACUUUAUGCUGAGGCAAAACAUAAUCAGGGUGAAAUUUCAGUGGAUCGGGAUUCAGAUUCAGUUCAAAUGAGUUUUGUUUCAACCCUGAGAAGUAUUAUUCAGAAGAGAAGCUUAGGGGCAAAUCACUACAGCUCUGAUUCUCAGUUAACUACCACUAGAAGUCCUGCUACCACAGAAGAUAGCAAGUCAUUUCUAGGAAAGAAAAGAAUUCUCUCUCCAUCUUCAUCCUUGUUAUCAAGUUCCAGGGAAUUGUUGGAGAACAUACCUCUUGGUCCUCUGAGUAGAAGAAAUCAUGCUGUUUUAGAGCGACGUGGUUCAGGAGCUCUCCUGCUAGAUCAUAUUGCCCAAACCAGACCUGGUUUCCUUCCUCCUUUAAAUGUGAAUCCCCAUCCUCUACUUCCUGAUAUUAAUUUUAGCAACAAGAUUUCUGGGAUGGUUUCUUGUGGACAAAAAACCCUAAUUCCAACAGCACCUGCUUUUCCCAAGGAGUCCAAAAGUACAAGAAUGUUCUUGAGGAGGCAGUCAUUACAAACUGAACAGAUUAAGCAACUAGUGAAUUUCUGACAACUUAUUAAAGUGUUAACAAAUCUAUACAAUAUGUAGAUAUAUACAGCCUUAUUCAUCUCCAAUCAUGUUUACCAUUCAAAGACCUCUGUACCCUAUAAACUCUUGCCAGGCAGCUUUUGGAUGGCCCUCUGUCUUGGGAUGAAUGUAAUAUUUUAGAUUCAGUGGGCAUAUCUACAUGAGACCUUUACUGCACAGUUGACUAAUAAACUGUGCAAUAAAUAUCUCAGCAUCUACACAUGAGCCCAUAUUAGGUUGGAGUUAACUAAAAAAAACUCCACAACAGCACACAUAUAGACACUGGAGGGGAUGACUGGGCAUUAGGGUGCUUCAGUGCAGGGGCUGCCUGCUAGCUAGCCCCAUGCUGAAGCUCCCUCAUGCCCCAGCCAGCCCCUCCGCAGCACGCUGAGCUGGGAGAAGCAGCCCCAGGCUGGUAGGCUGACUCCCCAGAGCCCCCUGCCAGCCAAAGCUGCUCUAACAUGGCUCCCCAAGCCAUGCAUGAAUAAACUCUGGAGUUUAUUGAUCUAGAGUUAAUUGCUCCCAGGCAACCGUUCAGAUGGCACACCCAAGAGCAAUAAACCCCAAAGCAAUAAGCUCCGGAGCUUAUUCAUGCGCGCUAAUAGCAUGUGUAGACAUGUCCAGUGAGGGGAAAAAUAAGCCUGCCCAGCUGGGGUUACACUGCAGCUAUUUUCUGCAAGUCAAUGGAUAUUUGUAAUACUGUGUUUUGACAUAAAUUUUAUAACAAAAUCCUAAAUACAAGGAGGUAAAUCCAAAGAAUGAAUACUGCAGUGUCUAACUUUUAGGCUCCCUGCCUCCAAGAGGAAUUCAUGCAGUCCUGAAUUAGGCAGCUAGGCUGCCUAUGCAGUGCAUAGGGAGAGUUUAGGCACAAACACAUGGGAUUCACAGAAGCUAGAAUACUAAGCAAGGAGCCAUCUAAGCUACCCUAGAAAAACUUAAGCCUCACCAUCCAAGGCAGUUGGGUGUCUAACUGCACUCGGGAUUCUCACUCAUGAACCCUCUUCUAACCCAGGUCUCUUGAAAAAACAGUGAGAGUUCCUCACAAACUAGCUAGGGUGAGUUUGGGGGUUAUUUUUUAAUAUCUGCUCAGUUGAGUUCAAGUUCCUCCUCUAAACUCUCUUAAAUCCCUACAGAAUGUUCAAUUCCAAGAUUAUUGGAUAUCCUGAAAUGAGCCUCUCUCAAGCUUUAUCAUCAGAGCUGUUCAGUUUGCUUAAAUAAUGAAACGUUUGUUCAUUUGGCCAGAGAGAAAAUGACUUUUUAGCUUAGUGGUUAGGACUCAUGUGGGAGGUAGCCAAGUUUCUGCUCCAUGAACUGCUUAAAAUUUCUUGCAUAGGGUGAAGCAGCUUCACUAGAUACAGAUGCCUGUACUUCAGUAGGCUGCUAGUAAGUGCGUACUCCUAGUUUGGGGAGAUAUGAGUUUUAAGUUUCUGCUCCAAACUGGGCAAUGUGGGGAUUUGAAAAAGGCUUCCGUUGCUCAGACAAUUGCAUAAUCACUGAGCUAACAGUACUGUUUCUUUUGUCCUAGACUUAUUUUGCUAGAGGCCUCCUCUCAGAAUGCUUGUUGGAUAAGGGCUUGAAGAUAACAUGCAGGAAAAUGUCUGGUUUGGGAAUGCCACUGGGACUUAUGCAUGAACUAGGGCAGUGAGCAACACUGACACAUCGUAACAAGAUUUGGGCUGUUGUGUCCAUGCUUGCUGGUAGGAACAUUAGCACCUAAACUGCUUGCAGACAUUAAAAAAAAAAACAACCAAAAAAACCCCCCAUGCUUUACCAGAAGCAGCAGCAUGUUCCUUUGACCUGGCUCCACAGCAUCUGUAUAGUGGGGCUUUUUGGUGCUUUUACCUAAAGCUGAUUCAAUCAGCUAUUAGAUCAAAGUGCCAAAAAAGCCCCACUAAAGCUCACAAUCUUUACAGAUGUUGGGCGAGCCGGGUCCAAUUAAUACGCUGUCUCUUCCGGACAUGUGCUGGGCUCAGUGCAGCGGUGCACAGAAUUUAAAAUAAAACACCACUUUUUUUCUUUUCUUUUUUAACCAUCCGCAAGCAGUCCUACAUUUCUGGUAGUAAAAUCUCCUGGGAACUUCAAGUAUCUGCAGGUGUAGGUAGUAGCUGAGCAGAGAUUUUGAGGGCCGCUAUGGCACCUAAACUUUGGACUUGGAUGCUUAAAAUGGUAGUUGGGUUAAACCCUUUCUAGUUUUAGCCCUAUGGGCCUGAUUCUCCAUUGCCUACAUCUUUUGUAAUCAUUUCCACAGAACACUUCUAUUCUGAUUUGGUUUGACACCCAGUGUAAAUUCAUUUUGCAUGGUUGCAAAUGACUUCAUAAAGCAUAGGACAAUGGGGAGUCAAGUUAUUCUCCUCUUUCUACAUUAAAAAAACUAACAGAAAUAGUAGUAGAAGUUACAAGAGAGGAAAGGAGAACAGAAUUGAGAGGUAUAAAGUAAUUCUAAUUCAAAACAUACUACAAAACUAGUGUAAAGUAACUUUUCAUAAAGGAACUGCUUUUUUCAAAAACAAACCAAUGUAAUUCUAUUAGAAAAUUAACAAGUGUACUGUGUGUUAUAAUUUUGCCAGCAGUGUUAAAAAAUGCAAAGAACUUGGUGUAACUUAUUAACCAAAGGACUGGAUAACAAUUCCAUCAGAUGUUGGAGUAAAAAAUUGUACUUUAAGGUUUCCAACAUGGUUCCAGAUAUCUUUCUUGUUCCAGACAUCUAUCUUUGGUAUUUGUAUAAAGUCCAUGAACACUUUAAAAUUAGGUUUCCAUGUGGCAUUUUAUUGCCUGGCCUCUAAAAGUGUAACAGUCUUUUAUUUGUUAAUUUGGAUAUGAUAUACAGAAGUGAGUCUUACUGAUGUAGUAGUUGCAUAAUGUGAACUAUAAUGAUACUAAAUACUUGCUUCUGGAAAUAUUAAGUGGAUAUCUGUGGUAUUACAGCUUCAGCUUCAAUUCAGAUAGCAUCACAAUCUGUUUCCUAAUGAAUAGUUGUAAUAUUAUUUCAUCAUACCAUUUGUAUAUGAACAUUUCAAUAGUACAUAUAUCAUGUCCCCUUUCAGUGAAGACUUCCUCAUAAUUCUCAGAACUCACAAAACAUAACUUCGAAAGGAAGAAAAUAAUAGCUAUGUGGAAGAGAGAGGGGAAUGGUUGGUAUUUGUGAGAAAUCUAAAAAUCUAUAGUAAACCUUGUCCCCAAACAAUUACAGAUCUUAAAAAAAUGGAAUCCAUUUCUUUAUGCUCAGACCUGGUCCCUUAAUCCAUAAGGCAGGGGCAGGCAAUUAUUUCGGGCAGAGGGCUUACCGAGUUUUGGCAAGCUCCAGGUAUCGAGGGCCGCAUGGGUAGCCCCACCCCUUGACAGGUGCCCCAUCCCCUGGUUGCCAUCUUGGGACUGGAAGUCCCACCCCUAAACUCUGACCUUUGCCACUGGAAGUCCCCCCCCCCUUGCCCCUGGAAGUACUCCUUUGGGGAAGAGGUUUUGCCAUCUUAGGGGGAAAAAAACCAAAUUAUAUACUAAAAAUCAAACACCCAUAAUAAUAUAUUUUAAUUAAAAAGAUAUAUAUUUUGUCCUGC